AUGACAGAAACCCUAGAGUGCUUUUGGGGACCAUUGAAUACCCGACAAGGAUGUGGAAAGACUCUGCUAGGAAGUGCUAUUGCUGGCGAGUUCGGACUGAACUUCAUCUCCGUCAAGGGCCCGGAGAUUCUCAACAGGUAUAUUGGCGCGUCUGAGAAGUCCAUUCGGAAUCUAUUUGAGCGAGCAACUGCCUCAAAGCCCUGCGUUCUCUUCGACGAAUUUGAUUCGAUUGCACCGAAACGAGGAAGUGAUUUUACUGGAGUGACAGACCGUGCUGUCAAUCAACUGUUGACUCAGAUGGAUGGCGUCGAGGGCUUAUCUGGCGUUUAUGUCCUUGCUGCAACAUCCAGGCCCGAUCUUAUAGAUCCUGCGCUGCUCCGCCCCGGCCGCCUUGAUAAGUCGCCCUUAUGUGAUUCGCCACACCUGGACGACAGAAUUGAUAUUCUUCGAUGUCUCUUGAAGAAACUAAGGCUUGAUGAGGAUCUCGAAGGAGAACUCGACAAUAGACUGAGGGACGUCGCUUCGAGGACCCAAGACUAUUCAGGAGCCGACUUACAGGCCCUUAUCUCUAACGCGCAGCUUGAGGCUAUUCACCAGUAUCUGGGAGACAUGGAUACAAGUGUUAGUUCAACAAAGACCAAUGGAAAAUCUCGGGUCCAAGCGUGUCGGAAGCCUAGUAUUGUACACUUCUGGUAUGGUGCAGAACAAGACCGACUGUACUCCGAUGCCAAAUCCAGCGAUCGGCGCACGCAAAUUAGGAAACUUGCUGGGUAUGAAGAAACGAUUGUGAAGCUACGUUCCAAGGGCAAGUCAAGCCGACGAGGAGUUCAUGGCGAAGGAGAUUAG